CGUUGAUUUGUCAAUUUUAUAGAAGAGAAGAAUAAUUUUUCUACUGUAAUUUUCCUGACAUCACAUGUGAAACAGAUGAAUAAUAUUUCUCUCUGAUCUGUUCCCACAAAACAAUAAUUAUUCAUUACACAUUGAACUACCCAACAUUAAACAACACACACAAACUUCCAUCUAAAUUUAUGUUGAAUAUACUAGAAGAAAGUCGAGAUGAGUGAUUCAAUUUGCAAUGAACAUGCUCCAACACCACACAAUGAGGAAAUAUGCCAUGCCACAGGACAGCAACGCAAAAAUAUUAUUGACAAACUGAUAAAAUUACUUGAUGAAGCCGACGAAAGGCCAUGUAUUUUUAAAUACAAAGAAGUUGAACAUUCUCCACCAAAAAGCUAUGAUCCUUUUGAAAGACAGAAUGUUCUUAAUAGGCGAAAAGCAAUAGAUAGAGGCAAUCCAAUUAUGAUGAAAAAAUGUCCGGAGAAUGGAGGAUAUCAAACACAACGUCCAGCGCAAGAACAGUUCCGUCCUAGACAAGAAGAGCAGAAAGGAGAAGAGAGUGUUUACAAGGACUGUAUCUGUCUGCGAGCCAAUGGACUGCAGGACCAAUGUCCUGUUCUCGACUGCCUAGGAAGGGAGGAGUGUGUGGCUGUGAACCCUGGACCAUGCUGCAAGCCUGCACUCUCUCGUUUGUGUGAGAUGCAACAACAGAAGAAGCAACGUGCAGCGGCAGAGGCUGCAGUAAACUACAGUCAAAAUGGAGGCCAAUCAAACUACAGUCAAAAUGGAGACUACUUGAACUACAGUCAAAAUGGGAACAGCUUCCAAGAAGAUUACAGUCAAAAUAUGUCUUAUGAGGACUCUCCGAAAACAGUUAAUUGUUUCUGCUAUUAUGGUUGAUGUAUGAUUCAACAUGAAUUUUGAAAGAUUACAACAAAAUCACAAACACUACAACAGUAAAAUAGGCAUAUUGUUUUUUCUUUUAUUAAUAACUAGCAGGUAACCCGUGCUCCACAAGGGUCUGUUUGAAGAAUAUAUUGAAUUUAGACAAACUUGAAACUUGAUGAACUGAAAAUAUGCAUAUAACAAUCCUCAUUAAAUUAUGAAUAUGCAAAAUUUCAAGUUAAUCAGUUGAUGAUGCGUCAUUCCUGUAUUUCCUUUCCCGUACGGGAGUUCUUUCCUUCAUUAUAAUAUCGAAAAUGUAGCGACGUCAUGUACAAUCGUCAAGGUAGAUACUAAUUUGUAUAAUCCCAUGAAUAUAAUCUAGAAAUAGUAAAUAAUCUAUUAUGGAAAUCUAUUUUUCUAGUUAAAAA